UCAGUUCAUCUCACGCAGUCUGACCUGCAGCUGCACCCCCGAUUUUUUUUUUUUUUUUUACCCAACAUGCUGCCUGAUCAUCCACAUCUUGGAAAUGCAGCCUGCACCCACACUCUAUUGGAAUGCUCUUUGUUCCGCAAGAAGUGAAGCGAUGGGAUUCAUAAUCCGAGGCGGAUUAAAAAGCGUGGACAGCGACACAUCAGCAUGCGGCCCCGCCUCCACCUACCGAGACAAAGAGACUGUAUGACGGACAAAGGGCUCACUCCGUUCAUGCCGUUGUUCUAUGAAACAAACACGUCACGGUGGAAACCAAUUCACAGAGUGAACCCUCUUCCUGCCUGUUUGGAGGUCGUAGACGAGGAAGACAGGUGGAAACGUGACAACGUGUCCGCUGAGGACGAUCCAAAUAGCGGCGAGGCUCUUUAAAGAUUGCCGGAGAUUGGCACAGGACCUGUUAGAGAAGUGGCCUGUAGGAGCAUCCAAGAGAAUGAGGAUCAAGUACACCAUACCCGUCGUCUUCUUGGUGGCGCUCGUUAUCAUUGAGAAGGAGAGCAACAUCAUCUCAAGGGUGUCGGAUAAGAUGGCGUCGAAGCAGACCCCUCAGACCCCGGUACAACCAGGCGUCUCGUCCAGCGCGGUGAGGAGGCAAAAUGCUUCUGUGGCUUCGCUCGGCAAACUGAGUUCGGCUGUGACGCUGAUGAAUCGGUGCCUGGACAACCACAGUGACUACCAGGCGACGGCAAGUGGCAGGAAGCACAUCCUCCUCCUGGCCACCACAAGGACGGGCUCCUCCUUCGUGGGCGAGUUCUUCAACCAGCAGGGCGACAACAUGUUUUACCUGUUUGAGCCGCUGUGGCACGUGGAGAAGAUGCUGACGCUGGAGACGGGCGGCACCAACGCCACGGCCGCAGCCAAGGCGUACCGCGAGGUGCUCCGACAGCUCUUCCUGUGCGACUUCUCCCUGCUGGAAAGCUUCAUCGACCCCCUCCCCGUAGAUCACAUUACUGCCUCACUUUUCCGCAGGGAGUCCAGCAGCUCCCUGUGCAGGGAGGCGGUAUGCAGCCCCUUCGUGAAAGGGGUCUUUGAGCGCUAUCACUGCAGGAGCAGGCGCUGUGGGCCCCUCAACCUAACCUUGGCCUCAGAGUCCUGCCUCCGCAAGGAGCACAGAGCCAUCAAGUCAGUGAGGGUACGCCAGCUGGAAACCCUGCGCCCCCUUGUCGAGGACCGGCGUCUGGACGUGAAAUUCAUCCAGCUGGUUCGGGAUCCUCGUGCCGUACUAGCCUCCCGAAUGGUGGCCUUUGCUGCCAAAUACAAGAACUGGAAGCAGUGGGCCACGGACGGAGACGUGCCCAUUGAUGACGACGAGGUGAAGAAGCUGAAGGGCAACUGCGACACCAUCAGGAUGUCAGCCAAAGUGGGCCUGAAGCGCCCGGCAUGGCUGCGCGGCCGCUACAUGCUGGUGCGCUACGAGGACAUCGCACGCUUCCCCAUGAGGAAGGCCGGUGAGAUGUACAAGUUCACCGGGAUUCCCUUCACACCGCAGGUGAAAGCGUGGAUAUUGAAAAACACGCGGGCCUCCAAGGAGACCAGCGGCGUUUACUCCACAAAGAAGAACUCCUCCGAGCAGGUGGAGAAGUGGAGGUUCACUUUGCCCUUCAAGAUAGCACAGGUGGUGCAAGAAGUCUGCGGGCCCACGCUUACGCUUUUUGGCUACAAAUCUGUCACAAGCAAGGAGAUGCUAAUGGACAAGUCCAUAAGUUUAAUAGAAGAUAAAGUUUUUGACUUUUUAUAGACCUUUAGAAACUCAUAUUUAUUAGCUUCUUUUAUUACAACACAGAUGUUUUAUUCUGAUAUUUAACAUAUUUAAAAUAGUUGGCGGAUUUAGUGUUGAGCACAGUUAAAAUAUUAGCACGCCAGCCUGUCCCUGCAGGUCAAAGCUAUCCUUGUUUUUGCACUCUGGAUUAUUUUGUCACUCCCAACACAUUGUGGGUUGUCGUGAGAGCCAACUCUGUGAGCAAAUAUAAGCAUUCCUUAAAGAGAAAGUUAAUAGGGGUUGUAAACAUUAACAAGCUAGCUCUGGGAACCUCCACUAACUUUUUACGUUGUGCAGCUCCUGAUUUGGCUUUUUUUUACACUCUAGGAAACUCCAAAUUAAAUACAAGUGGUAGCUUUACAAAAAAAUGAAACUGGAAGAGGAACUUGGACGUUCCUCUUCCUGUGCGCAUUGCAGGUUGCAUGCAGCUUUAGUUAAAUGGGGACUUGUUUGAAGUCACGGUGGUGACUGUAAGGACCAAUUUGGCCAAAAACAGAUGUUUACACUGCUGCCCAAAUGCAAACAUACCGUCUGCAGCUGGCUUGCAGAUUGGUGCAAAGUUUGUUUGCGAGUCUUCCGUCUAUUGACACAGGUCUUUUGGCUAGUGAUGGACAGGGAGGGAAAGAAAAAGAGGCCUUGAUGCUUCCUGAUGAUCCAGGUUGGGUCUUCUUUGUCGCAAUAAAGCUGCUUUUACACACA